AUGUACAUAAUCUUCUUCUUUUAUUUUCGAUUUUUUCAAUUUUUCAAUCAAGCUAUUGGUGCUGCUCUUUCACUCAUUAGUUGUACAGGCGACAGUAGCGACAGUGGUGUUGAGUCGAUUUGUAUUUCGAGUCAAUAUCUUUCGACUUCUUUAGAUUCUUUGAUAAUAUCUCGCCACCCUGGUUGGCAGUAUGUAUGUAUCAUUCGAUACAUGCACCUUGAUUUUCAGGGAAACUUCUACGAUUUUUUUUGUUUCUCUUUCCGUUUCGGAUUCUGUUUCAGCAGAACAAAGCUUCUUUUUCUUCAUUUAUUACUAGUACCCCAGAAACCGGGAGAACUGCACGAGGACACUAGGCGGACUCAUCUGCUGGAAGGGGCUCGCUGUAUCUACUUAUAAUUUUUCACUCCUCUUCAUUUUGUGUCUUUCUUUCGACUCAAUUUUCCCGUAGCUCUGUUUUGAGUCCUCACAAGGUCCAAAACUUUGAUUGUACUACCUCCUGCCCGGUCUUAUUGAAAAGAAAUUUCUGAACCUCGGAAAAAAACGAACCUAAGGAGCAGGUGGAGCUACUUGAUUAAAACGAGCGGCUCUGCAUAAAAAUGAAGCACAGGAUUUCGUGUCCUUGAAAUAUGAAACAAAGGCACAACCAAAAAAAUCCCGGUAAUGAAGUUCAAACCCUGUUUGAUAAGUACUUGUUGUCACUAUCACUGACUUGUAUCUGUACCGCCUCAGAAUCAACCUUGAUUGUUUGAAGACUAUAUAAAAGUUCUUUGUUGUACUUAUGUUGAUACAGGCCUCGUCUUCGUACUUCGCUGCCCAACAGUGCUGUACAGUCAUCUUCGGCGGGACAGCAUCCGUUCUGGUUUACUUUUUGGAGGUCGUGUUCUACCCUGAUCUGAGCAAAUUAUUGACCCUUUCCUGGAUAAAAACGAAGUCAACCCGUGCUCGUCGCGCAGAUUUGUAAUAUCCUCAGGAAUCAAUUUGUAAUGCGAAUCCCCAUAAUUAAGA